AUGGGUAUAACCUCAAAAGAAGGUACCGUACCAACGCCCGACGGAGACCGGGGACAGGCUGGGAGUACAGACCUUCGGCAGCUCCCUGUUACCUUGCUUUCAGGCUUUCUGGGUAGCGGAAAGACGACUCUCCUAGAGCAUAUCCUCAAUUCGCCAGAUCAUGGCCUUAGGAUAGCUGUUAUCGUCAACGAUAUGAGCAAGCUCAACAUCGACGCUGCUCUCAUCACCCACCACAAGGUAUCCCAGACCAAGGAGAAGCUGAUACAGCUCCAGAAUGGCUGCAUCUGCUGCACUCUUCGUGGUGAUUUGCUCUCGGAGCUUGCGCGUUUGGCGAAGAGAAAAGAAGUGGAAUAUGUUGUCAUUGAGAGCACCGGAAUCAGCGAGCCGAUGCAGGUGGCGGAGACAUUCACUGCAGAAUUUAGCGCUGCCAUGCUUGAAGCUGAAGACCAGAUCACAGACACUGACGAAGAUAGUAAGAAGAUUCUUUCUGAGAUUGCGGAGUUAGGAGGGCUUCACACGGUAGCAAGCCUUGACACGACGGUCACGGUGAUCGAUGCGUUCAAUCUUUUAUCAAACUUAGACACCGCUGAGUUUCUUUCCGAUCGAUAUGGUUCUCAGGAGAUCGUCCCGGAGGAUGAACGCACCAUCUCCGAUCUCAUGGUCGAUCAAAUCGAAUUUGCUGAUGUUAUUAUCAUCAACAAAAUCGAAACCGUGAACGAAGAUAAUUGCCGUCGAAUAAAGCAGUUGGUCAAUUUGUUGAACCCAGAUGCAAGGGUCUUGCAAUCGAGUUAUUCGAAAAUCGAUGUGCGAGAAAUCAUUGGAACGAAACGCUUCGACUUUCUCAAAGCGGCUUCAGGGGCAGGAUGGCUGAGAAGCUUGCAUGAAAUGACAAUCAUGAACACUGGCCAAGGGAAGAGGCUUGCACCCAAACCAGAGACAUUGGAGUAUGGAAUCAACAACUUCGUAUAUUGUGCCCGGAAGCCAUUUCAUCCACGUCGGCUUUUUGCUCUCCUUUACGACAAAUUUAUCCUCCUUCAACAAAAGGAAGAGGAUGACGAGGAUGACGACAAUGAUGAAAAUCCAGACGAAGGAUCCGGGGAAGAAAUGGAACUCGAUGAGAACGGUCUCGUAUCCCAGAACGUCGAUGAGGAAAUGGAAACAAAACCCAUACAAGAUUUCGAACAACCCGAACCCGCCGUUAUCCUCGCAAAUAAACGCGCACACGCAUUUGGACCCGUACUCCGUUCGAAAGGGUUCUUCUGGCUAGCAACUCGCCCACUUCAGUUCGGAGAAUGGAGCCAAGCCGGUGGAAUGCUAACAGUCAGCUGUGGAGGCCCCUGGUUUGCCGAAGUACCCGAUGAACAUUGGCCAGAGGAUCAAGACGUCCGCAAGGCUAUCCAGAAUGAUUUUCAGGGCCGAUGGGGUGACCGACGACAAGAACUUGUAUUCGUCGGGGAAGGGGUCGAUGUGGAGAAGAUAACUGCUCUGCUGGAUGAAUGUCUGUUGGAUGACGCCGAUAUGGCCAGGUGGGAAAGGGUUAUGGGAAAUAAACGAAUGUCGGUAGAGGAAAAAGCGGAGAAAUUGGCGACGAUGUGGGAAGAUGGCUGGGAAGACUGGCCUCCAUUUGAGAUUGAGGAUGAGGAUGAGCAAGUCAUGCUAGAGAAGGGGAAAGAAGAAAAGCACAAGCACAAGCACCAUGCCAGCGACUAUUUCGGUCCUGCGAAAGGCAAUGAUAAACACGCGCAUCACCGACAUCGCUCCCAUAUAACGAAUGGUAGCAAGAAAUCCAUCAUAGUCUGA